AUCAUUGGUUUACUGUACUGUGUUCAGCGGUGACUAAGAAGGGAGCAUGAGGUGUCCUCUAAUGCCAUACUUCUGCUGUGCAUUCACAAGAGAAGAUAAUAAUCGGCAGAUUUUUACAGAUGAACACAGUACUCUCUGAAGAGCACAUAAGAAAGACUGGUUGUGGAUCUGAUCAGGAAUGGUGGGGUAUGAUCCAAACUCCCCCGGUGUUGCUCUCACCCCAGAGGAAGCCGCUCUGGCCGGGUCAGCGGCGGGUAUGGUCACCCGUGCCAUCAUCAGCCCCCUGGACGUCAUCAAAAUUAGAUUUCAAUUGCAGAUUGAGCAGGUGUCCUCGAAGAAUCGUCCGGGGAAGUACUGGGGUGUAUGGCAGGCCACACGCUGUAUUCUGACUGAAGAAGGACUUCCUGCUUUCUGGAAAGGUCACAUUCCUGCCCAGCUGCUGUCCAUGUGUUUUGGGGCAGUUCAGUUUGCAAGUUUCGAGGCCCUGACAGAGCUGGUUCAUAAGAAGACUGAUUAUAACAGCCAGAAAGCUGGAGUUCAUUUUAUCUGUGGCGGUUUGGCCGCCUGCUCCGCCACCAUGGCCUGCCAGCCGCUGGAUACUCUACGAACACGCUUCGCUGCUCAGGGCGAACCCAAGAUAUAUCGUAACCUCAGACAUGCUGUGGCUACGAUGUGCCGCUCAGAGGGGCCCCUUGCCUUCUACAGGGGCCUCACACCCACUCUAGUGGCAGUGUUUCCAUACGCAGGCAUGCAGUUCUUCUUUUAUAACGUCCUAAAGAAUCUAAUGCAGCCCCAGGAAACUAAAUCUAAAGGAGAUUUACAGAGUCUGAUCAGCGGUAGUUUUGCUGGAGUCAUCAGUAAAACUCUCACGUAUCCUUUCGACCUGCUUAAAAAGAGACUUCAAGUGGGUGGAUUUGAAGAGGCCAGGAUGCAGUUUGGACAGGUGCGGACGUACCGUGGAUUUGUAGACUGUGUGGUACAGAUUGCCAGAGAAGAGGGACUCAAGGGGUUCUAUAAGGGUCUUUCGCCCAGUCUCUUGAAGGCAGCUCUGUCCACUGGCUUCACCUUCUUCUGGUACGAGUUCUUCAUCAAUGCCAUGGUCAGCCUCAAGGGGAGCCAGUGAGACUGGUAGCCUAUCUGAUGCAUUAGGACGACUUAAGGCCAAAGUAUACUUUGGGUGUGCUCGUUUCGGAUCCCUCUGCUCAUCUCAGCCACCUAGACUUUCUUGACUCGGGCACGUGGUCCUCGUCUGUGCGUCUGCGCAUGCACUGGCCAUUGACUGUGCUAAAAGGGCGAUUUCCAAAUGACAUUUUUGCGUUUGCAUUUGCACUUCUGGAAGGGGGCGCCACUCAAAGGGUUGUUCAAAGCAAUGUUUUCACAAAGGGCUCUUUUACAAGGCUUUUAAUGAAGGGUGUAUUCAAACUGUAGUGCCACGCUCUCUUCAGAGUACCCACAUCAAGAGCUUUGAGUGAGUAGGGCAUGGGGAUGAUCACUUUCGAUUGGAAUUCGCCCAAAGCAGUUGCACCGCGCAUGCGUUGAACACGUUCCUGUUCGUUCGCUGUCAGAAAAGUAUACUCGCAAAGGCAACACGAUCGACCGGACGCCUGGCGAUCCAGAACGCACAAAAACGAAGUAUACCUGAGCCUAAGUCAUUGCGGUUUAUACGGAUAGUUGAAGUGUAGAAAUAUAGGCACUGAGUCGAGCUGUUUUACCUCACCAGAAAUAUAUUUUGACCUCUGCCUUACUCUAAGGAAGCGUUGAACUCAAACUUUUCACACACUGUUACACAUGUUAAGAUUUUAACAUCUUGACGUAAUGUCCGGGUGUUUUGGUUUUACUUAGAAUGAGGGUCUGAUAUAUUAUUUUUAUACAAAAAAAAAACACUGGAUGUCAAAGUUAUAACUUGGUUUUAUUGUUUUGUAUUUCAAUACCCACAUGGAAUAUUACAGUCUGGUUUCUUUUACAAAUUGUUUAUUAUAUUACAUAAAAAUGUAGUUGGUCAUUUUGGUGUUUUAUGAUUUCAGAUUUCAGUAACACCUCACAAUAAGGUUCUAUAUGUUAACAAAAUGCAUUGGGUAUCAUGAACUAACAAUGAAAAGGACAUUUUACAGCCUAGGAUAAAUAAAGGUUUAUUUGUAAAUAUUCUAGUGUUCAUUGAUAGUUCAUGUUAGUACAUAAUGCAUGAACUAAAAUGUAAAAUGUUAUUAAAUGUUAUGCAUAAUGCAUGUAGAAAUUAACUAGCAUAAAUGUUGCAAAAGUAUUUUCCACUGUUGUGUUCUGCUAAUAUUUAUGUUUGUCCUUAUUGUUAAUGUAAACAACCUUAUUCUAAAGUGUUACCAACAUUUUUCAUUAGAUAAACCAAUUUAUUUGUGUUAGGAUCUACUCAUGGUUUAUGUAUUUCCAUCUUGUUUGAAGAGUUUGAACAUGCAUGUUAAUGGCUAUAUUUAUGCUCAUUUAUGUUUUGAUAUUAAUUCCUCUCCAACAUUAGUAAAAACAAACUCU